AUGAUUUCCGGAUUUUCGGCGAUUCAAAAUGAUUGGAAUUAUUGUACGAGAAUGGAGCUGGAAAUUGGUGUGAAAUGCGCAAAAGUUGGUUUUUUUUGGGGAAAAAAUGUGUUUUUCUAGCUGGAGAAAACAGAAAAAAAUAAAUUUGUUAAUAAAAAUCAGGUGCUCUAAUUUUCAGACUUUAGUGAUCUGAAAAAUCUGAAAUCAAGUUUUUUUCUGAAAAUUUUGAAAAUUUCUUUAACGUUCAGAAACCAGAAAACUAAUUUUUUACCAAAAAAGUUCUUGAACUUAAAACCUGAAAUUAAAUUUUCUAUUUAUGAGAAAUUGAACUUUCACCAGAUCUUUUUUUUUACACCAAAAAAAAUAAAUUCAAAACCUUUCAGAUUUCCCAAAAAAUCACCAGCUCAAAUCAAUCAAUAUUCUGCGUGGAAUUAGAAAAAUGCCUAAUCGAUUUAGCUUGUCCAGAAGGCCGUGAAUUUGCUGAAAGUCUGCUGGAUGAAAUUCAACCUUUUUGUGAGAAAAAUUGA